AUGGAAUUGGAUAUUGAGUUGUAUGUGAAGACUUGUCUAGUUUGCCAACAAGACAAUGGCUUAACUCAAAAGGAAGCAGGUUUGCUGCAGCCUCUUCCUAUACCAGAAAGUCCAUGGGUUUCGAUUUCAAUGGAUUUUAUUACUGGUUUGCCAAAAGUUAAGGGGAUGGGUUCAUUUUUCGUGGUGGUUGAUCGAUUCUCAAAGUAUGUUGUUUUUAUGGCUGCACCGAGUACAUGUAUAGCAGAGGUAGAUGUUGAUUUGUUCUACAAAAAUGUGGUGAAAUACUUUGGGUUACUUGAAGAUAUUCCUCUCACACCUCAUGAGAUUGCCAAGCAGCAUUCAGGGGGCACGUGUCCUGCAGCGUAUAGAUUUUCCAUCAAGAAGCAAAAACUGAUGCAGGAGGCACAAGAUAGCUUGUUGAAAGCGCAAAGGAGAAUGAAGAAGUAUGCUGAUAAAGGGAGGAGGCCUUUUGAGUCCCAAGUUGGGGAUAAGAGAGUUGGUGUUAUGGCUUACAAGUUGAAGCUGCCAAAAAGAUUGCAAAUUCACCCAACAAUUCAUAUGAGCUUCUUAAAGCCUUAUCAUGGGGAUGCAGAAGAUCCUACAAGGAAUGAGGCAAGAAUUCUCGAUAAGAAGGUGACAGGUUAUCGAAAGGGAGGAAAUAUGAUAACUUACUACUUGGUGAAGUGGAAAGGGGCGGCUGAAUCAGAAGCAAGUUGGGAGAAGGCAUCUACAUUGUGGCAGUUUGAGAAAGAGGUGAAGGCAUUUGAGAAUAUUCUAUCGACGAGGACGUCGGCUUCUUCUGGUGGGGGUGGUUUGUUAGGAGCUUUACGAGUUGCUGAUGAUGGCAUGAGGAAUUGGAGUGCUUGGACAGCAUCAAGCUAG